UCAGUGAUUUCACAGGAUGGUCCUUAAACGUGUGGCUAUGACUGGGAGUAGCUGCUUCUGUGCAGAUGGCUGAAAGCCAGUGGGAGGACCCUGUUGCGCGCUUUGUUGCCAGCCAAUUGUUUAAGUCAUUCCAUAAUCAUGCAUAAAUUUCAGUGAUUUAAAAUAAAUCUUUUUUUUCCCAAUCGUUUUUGCUGAAUCCAGAUUAUUGUCGUUCACGUCGUAACUCGUUUAAGGCAAGCUGACCUUAAAAAAAAGUUGCAACUCCAAGUGGGUUUUUGCAGCGCAUGCGUUUUUUUUUUGUUUUUUGUUUUUUUGCGCACUGAAAUUUGACUCGACUUUAAAAAGCCCCCCACAGCAGCCAGCAGUCACACAGCACCGUGCUCCCCUGUGUGAGCAACAGGUAGCUCCAUAUACGGAUCAGAGAGGCACAGCGCGCAGCCCCUCUGGCACGGGAUCCAUCCAGGGCGCACAGAGGGGCAUGUGCCAUGCGCACUCCAUCAGACGCGAAUCUCCUGAGUGGAGCGAACCAGUCUCUGCCCUUCAGCCUCACUGAUGACACGAUGAUGGGAGCCCCUUCAAACAGCACCGUCCACCCGAACGGGUCCGACCCGUUCGCCAGAAACGAGGAGGUGGCCCAGAUCGAGAUCAUGGUCCUGAGCAUCACCUUUGUGGUGGCUGUGAUCGGAAACGUGAGCGUCCUGCUAGCCAUGUACAACACCAAGAAAAAGAUGUCUCGGAUGCACCUCUUCAUCAAGCACCUCAGCCUGGCCGAUCUGGUGGUCGCCUUCUUCCAGGUGCUUCCACAGCUUUGCUGGAAGAUCACCUACCGCUUCUACGGGACGGAUUACCUCUGCAGGAUAGUGAAGCACCUCCAGGUGAUGGGGAUGUUCGCCUCCACCUACAUGAUGGUGAUGAUGACCCUGGACCGUUACAUCGCCAUCUGCCACCCGCUGAAGACGCUCCAGCAGCCCACCAAGCGCUCCUACGUGAUGAUCAUCUCCACGUGGAUGUGCAGCCUGGUGCUGAGCAGCCCGCAGUACUUCAUCUUCUCCCUGAGCGAGAUCCAGAACGGCUCCGACGUCUACGACUGCUGGGCGCACUUCGUCGAGCCGUGGGGCUCCAAGGCGUACAUCACCUGGAUGACCGUCGGCAUCUUCCUGCUGCCGGUGGUCAUCCUCAUCCUGUGCUACGGGUUCAUCUGCCACAGCAUAUGGAAAAAUAUCAGGUACAAGAAAAAGAAGACGGUGGCCGGGGCUGCGUGCAAGAACGGCCUGAUCGGGAAGUCAUCGGUCAGCAGCGUCACGACGAUUUCAAGGGCCAAACUGAGGACGGUCAAAAUGACUUUUGUGAUCGUUCUGGCGUACAUCGUCUGCUGGGCGCCGUUCUUCACCGUGCAGAUGUGGUCCGUGUGGGACAAGAACUUUCGGUGGGACGAUUCUGAGAACACAGCGGUGACUCUGUCUGCGCUCCUUGCCAGUCUCAACAGCUGCUGCAACCCGUGGAUAUACAUGAUCUUCAGCGGCCACCUCCUGCAGGACUUCAUGCGCUGCUUCUCCUGCUGCCGCAAACUGAACGCCGACUACAAGAAGGAGGACUCAGACAGCAGCAUCCGCAGGACGACGCUGCUGACCCGGAUCACCAACCGGAGCCCCACGGGCAGCACGGCCAACUGGAGGGAGCUGGACAACUCCCCAAAAACCACGGCUCAGACAGAGUAAACAGGCGGUGGCACCGAGAAACACUCUGGGACAUGCAUGAUUAGGACAAAACAUCCCACAAACGUAUCAAUUUUAAGGGCAAGAGAGCAAUCUGCAUGCAACAGGUGAGAUGAAUGUACAUAGAACGAUGCAGGGGCGGUUCUAGACAGGGGCCAACAGGGGCUCAUGCCCCUGUAGAAAUGGUUAUGGCCCCUGUUAUGGCCCC